CAGAAUGGAGGCUUACAUCUUUCAUGCUCUAGUUGAGAAGCUGCGUGAGAAUGAAAUACUUGAAGAUUCUACAAUAGUCUCCUUGGAAGAAAAGGUUGCCAUAUUUUUAUAUGCAGUUGCAAAAAAUGCUAGUAAUGAAACCUUGCAGGAUAGGUUCCAGCAUAGUGGGCAAACCAUCAGUCGACACUUUGGAGAUGUACUAGAGGCAAUUACAAAGCUUGCAAGCAUCUAUAUACGCCCACCUUCUCUUCGACCACAUCCAGUCUUGAGGAGAUCACAUUUCCAUCCGUACUUCAAUGAUUGCAUUGGUGCUAUUGAUGGUACACAUAUUCCAAUGACUAUCUCACCACAUGAACAAGAGCCAUAUCGAAACAGAAAGCAAACAAUCACACAAAAUGUUAUGGUUGCAUGUGACUUUGAUUUGAGGUUUGUGCAUGUGCAUCCUGGCUGGGAAGGAUCAGCCUCGGAUGCAAGGGUUCUCCAAGAUGCACUUAACCAUGGAUUUCAGGUACCUCAUGGUAAAUAUUAUCUUGUAGAUGCGGGCUAUGCAAACACACCACAGUUUCUUGCCCCAUACCGUGGAACUAGAUACCAUUUGCAAGAACAAGCACAAGUACGUCAAAGGCCGCGGAAUCGUAGAGAACUAUUCAACCUUCGCCAUGCACAAUUACGGAAUCAUAUAGAGAGAAUUAUUGGCAUAGUGAAAAAGAGAUUUCCAGUUCUGAAAGUUGCUACACACUAUUCCCCCAGCAAACAAGUUGACAUAUCAAUGGCAUGUUGUGUCCUACAUAAUUUCAUUCGGCUUCAUGAUGGAGAUGUCUCAUGGCUCAACAAUGACACUCCAGAUAUUGACCCACAUCUAAUUGUGGACGUGCCCACGGGAGAUGAAAACUACACUAGUGAUGUUGGAGCAUUCAAUAACACAAGAGAAGCAGGAAACCACCUACGGGAUUAUAUAGCAGAUAAACUGUGGGAGGACUAUAUUGCAAGAAGAGCUUGAUAUAUGCAUUGUAACGUGUACCGCAAACAAAUGUAUGGCAAAAAAAUGUACUGCAAACCAAGAUUAUGGCAU